AUUUUAGUAUAAAACUUGCUUUUAUUUUACUUCCUUACUCUCCGCAACUUACUACUCCUUUCUUAUCGUUAUCGGUUGAAAUUAAAUUAAAAAAAAAAAGAACUGACGAAAUCAAAAUGGUUCACGAUAAUGGUGUUUACACUUAUCUUGAUCCAAUGAAUGCUAUGCAGCAUUUAUCAGAAUAUAGUACAGCUGAUGGUUUAUCCGCAGAAGAAAUUAUGGAUUCACGUGUCAAUGGAGGUUUAACUUAUAAUGACUUUCUUAUUUUGCCCGGAUAUAUUGAUUUUCCAGCUUCUGAGGUAUCUUUGGAGACCAAGAUCACAAAAAAUAUCACCUUAAAGACCCCGUUUGUUAGCUCGCCUAUGGACACUGUGACAGAAACCGAAAUGGCUAUUAACAUGGCCUUAUUGGGAGGCAUUGGUGUCAUUCAUAACAAUUGUUCACCGGAUGAACAAGCUGAGAUGGUUAGGAAGGUGAAAAAAUUCGAAAAUGGCUUUAUCACAGAUCCUGUAUGCUUAACUCCUAACCAUACCGUGGCUGAUGUGCAUAGGAUCAAAGCUCAAUUUGGUUAUAGUGGAAUUCCGAUAACUGAUCACACCACACUACUUAAAGAUGUUAUGACAACCGAUCUUGUGGUAGCACAUGAAGGUGUUACUCUCGAAGAAGCUAAUCAAAUACUUAGAUCUAGUAAACGUGGGAAGUUACCGAUUGUCAAUUCUCGUGGUGAAUUGGUUGCAUUACUUGCCAGGUCCGAUUUGCUUAAAAAUCUUAAUUUUCCUCUGGCAUCAAAGUCUCCCCACUCGAAACAAUUGAUUUGUGCUGCAGCCAUUGGAACUCGAUUCGAAGAUAAAGCAAGACUUCGAAAGCUGGUUGAUGCAGGGUUAGAUAUUGUAGUAUUGGAUUCUAGCCAGGGAAAUUCAUCAUACCAAAUUGAAAUGAUACAAUAUAUCAAAAAAACAUAUGGUGAAACGCUUGAUGUCAUCGCUGGUAAUGUUGUCACUCGAGAGCAAGCGGCUCGUUUGAUUGAAGCUGGUGCUGACGCAUUGCGUGUCGGCAUGGUUAUGGCAGUAGGUCGUCCUCAAGGAACUGCUGUAUACAUGGUUUCUCAAUUCGCCAAAAAAUUUGGUAUUCCAGUAAUUGCAGAUGGUGGUAUUCAAAAUGUUGGCCAUAUUACGAAAGCUUUAGCUCUUGGAGCUUCUUCUGUAAUGAUGGGUGGGCUACUUGCUGGUACCACUGAAUCUCCCGGAGAUUAUUUUUAUCAUGAAGGUCAGAGACUAAAAAAAUAUCGUGGCAUGGGUUCGUUGGAUGCAAUGGAACGAAAUGUUUGCGGCUCAAGUUCGAAUAAUAAUAAUACUGCCGCAGGUAGAUAUUUUUCUGAAAGAGACGUUAUUAAAGUUGCACAAGGUGUUGCUG